AUGGGCGACAGAGCUGCUACAGUUGGUGACAGCGAAAGUGGCCUGGGCAAGGGCAAGGACAAAGCCAUCGAUGAUCUGAGCAUGGGCGAGGAAGAGGAGAACUCUUCUGAUGAAAGCGUCGCUGAGGAUGUGGCCGCAGAUGAAGACGAAGACGACGCCCAGAACGACCUUGAACCAAUCUCCACCUCCAACAUUAUCAGCGACGGACGACGAACCCGCGGCAAGACAAUCGAUUUUGCUGAGGCUGCUAGAAAGGCCCAUGAAGCGGGCGUGCAGAUUGACGAGGACGACGAUGAUGACGAUGACGAUUUCGAGGCGAAGGAUGAUGAAACUAAUGUCAAUGAUGCAGAUGAUUUGAUGAAGGAUUGA